GUUACAAUUCUUUUACCGUUACCGAUUAAAACUCUUGAGAUGGAGGAUCCACAACCUUCAAGAUUUGACGAUAUAAAUUCUGAAAACCAGAGAUUUAGUGGCGAGUUUUCCUUUAAAGAUUUUAAAGAUCCAAAAAAAACUUUUAAUGAAGAUGAAGUUAAAAGUAUUGUAAAAGAGGCUUGUAUAAAAAUGGUGGAAGCUACAAUAUUACCAGAUUCCGCGUACCUUCAUAGCAGAAUAUCCCAUUGGAGUGCUACUAUUGUGGAAAAUACGGUAAAAAAAUUAGCAGCCUUGAAUAAAUCAAUCAAGUAUAUCGUGACUUGUACUAUUUUUGAAAAGAAUGGCGCAGGUAUACAUGCUACUACCACUUGUCAUUGGGAUAGUAAACAUGAUG